ACCCCCUCACGGCUCAAGCUUUAAAUCCCCUACAAAACCACCCCACUCACAAACCAUCGUCCUCCGUCGCACAACCACCACCAUUUCACCGGAAAAUUACGAGCCAAUAAACAGCAAUUAGCUGAAUAGGAAAACCACCUUCCCCACCAUGGACCUUCUCCUCCUUGAGAAGACCCUCAUCGGGCUCUUCCUCGCCACAAUCGUCGCUGCCGCCGUCUCCAAGCUGCGCGGUCGGAAGUUGAAGCUCCCUCCGGGCCCGAUCCCCGUCCCUAUCUUCGGUAAUUGGCUCCAGGUCGGCGACGACCUCAACCACCGCAAUCUCACCGACUACGCCCGGAGGUUUGGCGACAUCUUCCUCCUCCGCAUGGGGCAACGCAACCUGGUGGCGGUGUCCUCGCCGGACCUCGCCAGGGACGUCCUCCACACCCAGGGCAUCGAGUUCGGGUCUCGCACCCGCAACGUCGUGUUCGACAUCUUCACGGGGAAGGGGCAGGACAUGGUGUUCACAGUGUACGGUGAGCACUGGCGCAAGAUGCGGCGGAUCAUGACCGUCCCCUUCUUCACAAACAAGGUCGUCCAGCAGUACCGCAGUGGGUGGGAGGCGGAGGCCGCCGCCGUGGUGGAGGACGUCCGGCGGAACCCGGCGGCGGCGAGGGAGGGGAUCGUGCUGAGGCGGCGGCUGCAGCUGAUGAUGUACAACAACAUGUACCGGAUCAUGUUCGACCGGAGGUUCGAGAGCGAGGACGACCCGCUGUUCGUGAAGCUCAAGGCGUUGAAUGGGGAGAGGAGCCGGCUGGCACAGAGCUUCGAGUACAACUAUGGGGAUUUUAUACCCAUUUUGAGGCCCUUUUUGAGAGGGUAUCUGAAGGUUUGCAAGGAGGUGAAGGAAAGGAGGUUGCAGUUGUUCAAGGACUAUUUUGUAGAUGAGAGAAAGAAGCUUGGGAGCACAAAGCCAACGGACAACGACAGCUUGAAGUGUGCAAUUGAUCACAUCCUUGAAGCUCAACAGAAAGGAGAGAUCAACGAGGACAAUGUUCUUUACAUUGUUGAGAACAUCAACGUUGCUGCAAUCGAGACAACACUGUGGUCGAUCGAGUGGGGCAUAGCUGAGCUAGUGAACCAUCCUAAAAUCCAAACCAAGCUCCGGGCCGAGAUCGACACUGUCCUUGGGCCCGGUGUCCAAAUCACCGAGCCCGACACCCACAAACUGCCCUACCUACAAGCGGUUAUCAAAGAGACUCUCCGCCUACGAAUGGCCAUCCCUCUCCUCGUCCCCCACAUGAACCUCCACGACGCCAAGCUCGGAGGCUACGACAUCCCGGCCGAGAGCAAAAUCCUAGUCAACGCUUGGUGGCUCGCCAACAACCCAGCCCAUUGGAAAAAGCCCGAAGAGUUCAGGCCCGAGAGGUUCUUGGAGGAGGAGUCCAAGGUUGAGGCCAAUGGGAAUGACUUUCGAUACCUCCCGUUUGGCGUGGGCCGUAGGAGCUGCCCUGGCAUUAUAUUGGCGUUGCCGAUCCUUGGAAUAACGCUGGGCCGGCUCGUGCAGAAUUUCGAGCUGCUGCCGCCACCUGGACAGUCCAAGAUUGACACGAGCGAGAAGGGGGGACAGUUUAGCUUGCAUAUAUUGAAGCACUCCACGAUUGUUCUGAAGCCGAGGUCGUUUUGAGAUAUGGGAUAUUUGGUGGUUUUGGAUUGGAUUUGUGGGCUGAGUCUAGAUUAGACUGCUUGGAAUGUAUCUAUUUUUUUAACUCUUUGCUUAUUAGAGACCUAAUAAUUCUAGAGGAAAUUACCUUGUGCACUACACCUUAUCAUUUUUAUUACAUUUAUACUACCAUAUAUAUUUAUUUGCAAAAU